CCCCGAAGCUUGUACACCUUUUGAAAAAGACGAAAGUGAAAAUUCGGUGAUUAUGAUUUAUGCAGCGAUUUGGAUAGCAAAAGCGAUUCCCCAAAUUUGAAUUGUGCGAAGCCAAGGAAAGGACGGGUCUCAGAACCCUAAGGUACCCCCUUCCAUCUCGUGUGCGUGAAAGCAAAGCAACACGAUGGUCUUCUACUUCAAAGCACGCCCCGAAGCCGGCGAUUACACAAUUUUCAUGGGCCUCGACAAGUACGAGAACGAGGAACUCAUCAAAUACGGUUUUCCCGAAGACAUCUGGUUCCAUGUUGAUAAGAUGUCUUCGGCCCAUGUUUAUGUGAGGAUGCACAAAGGUCAGACUAUUGAUGACAUGAAUGAAAGUUUACUGGAAGACUGUGCUCAGCUUGUCAAAGCUAAUUCAAUCCAAGGAAAUAAAGUGAACAAUAUUGAUGUUGUUUACACUCCCUGGUCUAAUUUAAAGAAAUCUGCUUCAAUGGAUGUUGGUCAAGUUGGUUUUCACAACCCAAAGAUGGUGAAUGUUUUUACAAUUGGAUCUUUUGCAUAUUCUUUCUGUUUUUUCAGUUUUUGGUCUUUUGCCCUUUUUUUCCACAGUGGGUGGGUGGAUGCUUCAGCUUCUCUUUUCAAAGUAUCAAUAUCUGGUUUUCAUGCAUUUAAGGUUCGGACUGUGAGAGUGGAGAAGCGGAUAAAUGAGAUUGUUAACAGGCUAAACAAGACAAAAGUGGAAAGAAAACCUGAUUUGAAAGCUGAGCGAGAAGCAGUUAAUGCAGCUGAACGAGCUGAGAGAAAGCAAAUACUGAGAGAAAAAAAACGCCGUGAGGAAUUGGAAAGACUUGAAAAGGAUAGACAAGCAGAGCUUAGAAGCUACAAGGGUUUGAUGGUUGCAGAAAAUAUGACAUCCAACAAAGAAAUUGCAUCAGGAAGCAAAUCACUGCAGGAAUUGGAGGAGGAUUUCAUGUAAUCAUUGAUUAUUGGAUUAUACGCAGAAGACUGGCGGUCAACUUUCUACCUGGCAGAUUUAUAUUGAUUAAAUAACCGUACUCCUGGAAUUUGAAACUGCAUUGUCUUGGCUAAGGAAACCAAGUAAUGUCUAUGCAAUUGGGAUUGAAGGAUAAAGGAGAAGAGAAGAAAAAUUUGGUUGGGGGGGGGGGGGGGGGGAAGGGAAUGUAAUGAUUGGUUUUGUACCUGAUCUAUAACUCGAGACGAUGGUUUUUAAAUUAACGUUUCACAUUG